AUGCCAUCGUGGGCAGCUUGCGUCGUCGCUCGCUGUGCUCCAAGCUUCAUGCUUCUCCGGACAGCUCAUGCCCAACGCGGUCGUCAAGCUGCCGGCUUUGCGCAUCAUCACUCGUCCGAUCAAGGGCUCUUUCUCUGCAGCCUCCCGCUCGCCGACUUUGACGAGUCCAAGACAGGGAGCAACGCAGUCUGGGACAUCGGCUGCCAUGUGACCAGUCCCCAGCCUCCAGCCUCCAGCCUCCAGCCUCCAGCCUCCAGCCUCCAGCCUCCAGCCUCCAGCCUCCAGCCUCCAGCACUCUCAGACGCUGCUGGCAGGACCCUGGCAAUCUACCAACCGCUCUGCUUGACGUCCUGUCCUCAGAUGCAACUCCUGCAAACCUUGCUCGAGCACUGA